UCACACGUGGUGAAGGCUCGUGCACAGGCUGCCUUCCAGGCCCAAACAGUCAACAGAACUACACUUACCAUAACACAGCCCAGACCAACUCUGUCAAUGUCCCAAAGCGGGUUGACGGCAUCAAGCGGUUCUCGUACACCCAGCAUCAUUAAAGUGCCCAGUUCUCUCACACUCAUGUCUACUCGGCCCGGAACGCCCACCCAGCCAUCACCCCCAGCCACCAAAUAUAUAGUCAUGGCAACCAGUGCAGGUGCUGCCUCUACACAACAGGUGAUCACUCUCAGUUCCUCCCAGUCCGGAUCACCUGUCACAAGUACUGUCCCCAGCACCCCCACAUCUUUACAGUCACUCGUCAAACUGGAGUCUGGAAACGCAGGAGCAGUGGGAGGCUCACGCCCUCUCCAGAAAUAUAUUGUGGUGUCUUUGCCUUCAUCUUCCUCACUGGAGAACAAAGGCAUUCUCCCCACUUCUACCUCACCAAUCAGCAUGGAGACAACGGUGAAGCUGGAGCGCUCCGAAUCACCGGCCGCAAACAUGCAGUCGCCACACUGAGAAGUGCAAAUAUUGUCACGUGCACCACAAAAACACAGAAGAAAAACAAAUGUAGCUUGCAACUUGCCAUAAGGUUUAUUUAGCAUUUUGAAACAAACUGACACACUCAGUAUUAGAGGAGGCAAGCAAAUAGCUAUGCACGCUUGACCAUUAAACUUACUCAAAUACACUGCCCACACAGAAUACUUCAAACAUUACCACUCAAGCAUGUAUAUUCAAAAACGUACAUGUCUGCAUACUGUAAAUACCUGUACACACACAGGAAUACACAUUCGCCUUUAUGGCUGGAAGCACAAAGAUGCCAAAACAUGGACAACCUUGUGCAACUUUUGCACACAAGAGUUGCAAACAAAACAGAAUUGAUGCUGAUCGUGAUAUAAAGUUGCAGUGUAAACCACAGGAGUGAUGCGGAUGGUGAUUAGUGAUGUAAAGUUGCUGUGCGUUCUCCACAGGACUUUAGCAAUGUUUCAAUAAUGAAUAUAAAGUCAUGCUCGUAUUUAUAAUGGGAGCAGGAGCGAUGGAUUUUGGAUUGAGGGGGUACAAAAGAGACAGUGGGUGUUAUCGCCAUCGCUGUACAAUAUUCAUGUGGAUAAUUUUGCACAUACAUGUGUGCUUGUUGACAGAAAACUGGGCAUUUAUAGGGUUUAACAAACAGUUUAAUUGAUUUACUAUUUCGUAUUCAUUUUGUAUCUUCUAUAAUAAAGAUGGUUUUUAAAUGUGGUUGUCAGUGUCUAGU